AUGUUGAUAAUUCUUAUAUAUAAAUUAUUUAGAAUUGCAUUUUGCAUAAACUUUUUAAUAAGUACGAUUGUGUUUAACUUUUGGAAGCUUUCUUUAUGUUGCUUUAAUUAUUAUCUUACUAGAAUUGAAAUAAUUAUUUUCAAAUAGAUUAAAUUUAGAAAGAUUGAUCAUGAAUCUUAUUUCUAUUGCAAGUGA